GGCUGCGCCUGGCAAAAAGAAAAGACGAAAGUGAGGGGAGGCCAGCAGCUAGGGGGAGCUCCUCCGGGUUGCUGCCUGCAUGCCCGAGCCGGUCGCCUUUCAUAGGCUUCAGCCAGAGAGUCCCUCCUCCCCUCCCACCCACCUACCUUCCCCCCGUGAUGGCGGAGGACAGCGAGUCUGCUGCCAGCCAGCAGAGCCUCGAGCUGGACGACCAGGACACCUGCGGCAUCGACGGCGACAAUGAGGAGGAGACGGAGCACUCCAAAGGAAGUCCAGGAGGAGACUUGGGAGCAAAAAAGAAGAAAAAGAAACAGAAGCGAAAAAAGGAAAAGCCAAACUCCGGAGGUACCAAAUCAGACUCUGCAUCUGACUCCCAGGAGAUUAAAAUUCAGCAACCUUCAAAAAAUCCAGCCAUUCCAAUGCAGAAACUGCAAGAUAUUCAGAGAGCCAUGGAGCUCCUCUCGGCAUGCCAGGGCCCAGCAAAGAACAUUGAUGAGGCAACCAAACGAAAAUACCAGUUUUGGGAUACGCAGCCUGUCCCCAAGCUUAGUGAAGUUAUAACAUCUCAUGGUGCAAUCGAGCCUGAUAAAGACAACAUCCGCCUAGAGCCAUAUUCUUUACCGCAGGGUUUUACGUGGGACACUUUGGAUUUGAGCAACGCCGAAGUUCUGAAGGAGUUAUACAUGCUGCUAAAUGAAAACUAUGUAGAAGAUGAUGACAAUAUGUUCAGAUUUGACUAUUCACCAGAGUUUCUCUUGUGGGCCCUGCGGCCUCCAGGCUGGCUUCCACAAUGGCACUGUGGAGUCAGAGUAUCAUCGAAUAGAAAAUUGGUAGGGUUCAUAAGUGCCAUUCCUGCACACAUACGGAUUUAUGAGAGUGAGAAGAAAAUGGUAGAAAUUAAUUUUCUCUGUGUCCAUAAAAAACUGAGAUCUAAGCGAGUAGCACCAGUCUUGAUUCGUGAGAUAACCAGGAGAGUAAACUUGGAAGGGAUUUUUCAGGCAGUUUACACUGCAGGAGUGGUACUUCCCAAACCUGUAGCAACUUGCAGGUAUUGGCAUCGAUCAUUGAAUCCCAGAAAAUUGGUAGAGGUGAAAUUUUCUCAUUUGAGUAGAAAUAUGACUCUACAGAGAACGAUGAAACUCUACAGACUUCCUGAUGCCACAAAAACUUCAGGAUUGAGACCAAUGGAACGAAAAGACAUUAAAGCAGUGCAAGAAUUAAUUAACAAUUACUUGAAGCAGUUUCAUCUUGCUCCUGUUAUGGAUGAAGAAGAAGUGGCCCACUGGUUCCUGCCUCAGGAUCAUAUUAUUGACACCUUUGUUGUAGAGAGUUCAAAUGGUAUUUUAACGGACUUUCUGAGCUUCUACACAUUACCUUCAACGGUCAUGCACCAUCCUGUUCAUAAAAGCCUCAAAGCGGCCUACUCCUUCUACAAUGUUCAUACAGAAACUCCUCUUUUGGAUCUAAUGAAUGAUGCACUCAUUAUAGCAAAGCUGAAAGGAUUUGACGUAUUCAAUGCACUAGACUUGAUGGAAAACAAAACAUUCCUGGAAAAACUGAAGUUUGGUAUUGGUGAUGGCAACUUGCAGUAUUACUUAUAUAACUGGAGGUGUCCUGGCAUGGAUUCCGAAAAGGUUGGUCUUGUAUUACAAUAAGGAGAAAGGACACUUGUAUUUAUAGUUCUCAGAAGUAAUCAUCUGGGCUGAUGGAAGCUCUUGGAUCAGUACAAUUCAAGAGGAGAAAAGCACAAUGCCUGAUGAACUUAAAAUAAUCCUUUGAACCUUGGGGCCAUGCAGGGGGGAAGUGAGGAAAUCCACGCGUGACCAAUCCUUCACACUUUCAGCUCAGCUCUGAACAGAAAAAACUCACGAACCUUUUACUGUUUGUUGAUGAAAAGAAAUAAAAGCACAUUUGUUUAAUUUUCAAUGCUUAGCUUGCAUCUUGAUGCAAAGGAUUCUUUUGUCCCUCCCCUCCCUUCCCCUGCAUAAGACUGUUUUUGUACAACUCAACUGCAGUGGUGGAAUAGAGUACAAAUUAUUUACUGUUAUGUGACUGAACUGCUGCAUUUCUAUUUAUUAAACGGUAGUGUACGUUUAUCAAUGUAACAAAAUGAGGGAGCCAAUUUUGAGUAUUUCUGCUUAUUUCCAUCACAUGGAUAUCAUCGUCGGAAGGAGAAAAUUCUUGGGAUUAUGACUGUUUGUUAGGAAACAUGGAAACCUUGGAUGUCUUUUGUAACUGUGGAGUGGUACAGAAAUGUGCUGGUCUGACUAGUGCAUUUGUUUCUCCAUAAGCAAUGCUGCCAAAUCAAUUAAAAAUAUAUACAGAUUUGUACUUUGAUCUUCAAUAGAUCACUGACUUGACUCAAUAGUAUUGCACUGUUUAGUGCGGGUGUUUAUAUGUUGCCUGAAUUAUAUUAUUCUAUUAAUCUUACAACUAUGAAGAAGGAAAACCUUUCAGGGUUUUUUGGUGGCAAAGUUAUGAGCAGCCUGUACAUAAAAAUGUAAGAAUUUUAGUACUGUUAUCAAGAUGUUAAGACUGAAUGUGUUCAAGGCUUUUGCAAAAUUGCACAUAUUCCUUUUGUCUACUUGCUUUUUUAAAAAAAAUGUCCAUCAUUUUAAACAAAGUAUGUUUUUGUAAAUAAGUAAAAUUGUUGCUAGUAUGACCCAGGAUUUUGGAGCAAAGGGUUUCACUGUCCCUUGAGUUUAUAAGCAAAUGUUCACAGCCCUGCAAGUAUCUUUUUGGUUGUUACCAGCCUUAGCCAAUAUGCCAUAAUGUGUCUCUUUCGUUCCCCCAAAGAGCAAAGGCCAAUUGUAGUUUAUGCUUUCUUGAAACAAGGUGGUUUCAUACAAGUAUUUUCUAAACUUAGAGCCCAAGCAAAAUGAUUUUUCAAUGGGUUGGUUUAAGUUGAAUGGUUCUUAUGAAUGAGUCCACCCUUUUCCAGCUUUCAACACUCUGAUUCAGUCAAAGAUUAAAGAUGUUUAGUAGUGAUCUAGACAAGUUCACAUGUGCAAGAGAGAAAAAAAUAUUAUAAUGCAUUGAACAUGCAUUUGUGUGGAAAAGGAGCAAGGAAGGCUUCAAAACUACACAAAAGACUUCAUUCAGAUUAAUUUAUAACCUUUCCUCUUCCUCUCUCACUAGAUAACUGAGAACAAUCUGGCUCUUAGAGAAUUUGCCAGAUUAUCCCAAUACCUUGCUGAAGCUAAGCAGAUCUAGGUCUGGUCAGUGCCUGGAUGGAUGUCCAUCUGGGAGCCACACACAUGCCACCUUGUCUUCCAUGGCAGAAGAGAGGCAGGUUGUAAAUGUAAGAAAAUUAAAAUAAAUAUUUGUCUGUGCCAGAAAGGUCAGAAAGCACAAGAACAGCCGAUGUAGACAUUUGAUGAUUUGGCCUUUCUGUAACCCUUUGAGCACAAAUUACUGUAAGCACAAAGCUCAGGUAGUAUAGAUCAUUUUUCACCUGACUUAAGUAGGUAACAUUUAACUAGAUAUCCUGUAUUCUGUUCUUGUUACUUCCUAUGUCUCCCAACAAUUUGCCUGUUUUCAGCAGUUAUACUAAUAGCGUCUUAUUGAAACAAGUUUCCUCAGAGCAGCCCUUUUAAGUUGCACACCAUUUUAGCCAUUUAGUUUUUUUAAAAUUCAAUAGCAUGUUGUUAAUCUGAACAUGGUAGAGCUGUAACCUGUUUAGGAAAUUUGCAUUGUGGGAUCUGCAAAAACAUUGUGAUCUACAUUCCAAAAUCCAAAUCUGAAAUGCUUUUCUUCCUGCAGGUAUUUGGGCUGACUGACAUGCGAACAAUAUUUCUAUAUUAAAGGCCAAAUGCACCUAGGCUUAAUUCUGCAUGCAUUAUUUGACCAAACGCAAGUGUCCAAAGGGUACCAUUGUGCUAUCCAAUUUGCAGAUGUUUUGUGAUUACAGCAUCUAAGAGAUGACUAGCUAUUGAGUCUGUCAGCACUGACGGGAUGUUUGAAUAAAUGUAUCACUUUCA